AUGCCCCCAAUCAGAAACGUAUACUGGAUACCUGGUGAUGGCAUCGCACGAGAGGUGAUUCAGGCGGACAUUUGCCGCUAUCUAGGCAACGACGCUCUGGUCCGGCCUGAUGUUUUCGAGGGUCGAGAAGGUUAUCGAAUCCAAGCCUAUCGAAAUCUUACUUCUGAAAUGAUUGCCGAUCUCAAAGCAGACUCACGCCGGUGGCAGGAAGAGAAUGCCACGGAUAAGAGAUCGAACUAUCGUGCGAGCUCAAUGAGGGAAGUGCCCGUGGCCGCCCGAAAACCUGCCGUUGGCCCUAUGGAUUAUCCAGAGCCCAGUUCCCAGUCAUACCGGCAGUCCUACGGACCUGGUGCUGCCCAGGCGCCUACGGGAAUGGCCUAUAGCGGAAGUAUACCGGCAUCUACCAGUGGUUAUGAUCAGGCCGCCUAUACCUAUGGCCAACCCUCUGGAUAUGGUGUCCCUUCAGGAGAUCCUUACACUCCACCUCCGUCUGGAUAUGUCUAUGGAACCGAUUAUGGAUCUCAAGGCCAGCCCAGGACAGCCCCGUACCCGUAUGGACAAUCUCCCACUGGACCUACUGAGCGUGCCUCUUCGGUUGAGAAGAUUGACACUUCCAGAUUCUACCCACCAGGACCGCAAACGCAGGUGGCAGGCCGGGGUUCACAGUACCCGUCGCAACCUUACUCGAGGUAA